GCGUAAAGUCCGCAUCCGUAACUUCAUCCACUGACAGUUUUGUAAAUUGAGGUUAUGCAAGUUGUGACAAUUCAAAAAACUGCCUUGUUAUUUUUAAAAAAUGUUGAGAAACCUGCUUAAAACGUACAGUGUACGUGUUUAUUUCCGAAUACGGCAAUUUUCAAGUGUGCAAAGCAAAGCUGCCGAAGGUGCGCUUUCAACAAAAUCCGAAUAUAAUUUAUUGGAUACUCGAACGAUUCCAAACGAUGAUACAAUCGAUUCUAAAGACCUAGAGCCCGAACCUUCAGUGUUAGAGCCGUGUAAUGAAGAUAUCUCGUAUGUGGCUCCUUAUUUAAGGCCCAGUUUCAAUUUUGCUGCUUAUGUAAAUAAAUCAGAAACGUUACAAAAGCUAGUGCAACUAGGUGUAGAGCUUUAUAAAUUAGAGAAAAACCCGGACGUUCCUCCGUAUCUUUUGCAACUAGACUUUGAGAAAGAUAUUAAAAAUCACAUCAUUUUCUUGACUGAUUUGGGGCUAGAGACUGCCGAUCUGGGAUGGUUGAUCACGAAAAAUCCCUUUAUUUUUAAAGAAGAUUUAGAUAAUUUGCAAGUGCGGAUCAAUUAUCUCAAGUUUAAGAAGUUUAACGAUGAAAUGAUUUUGAGGAUUGUCCAGGACAACCCCCACUGGCUUGGUUUCAGCACGCAAGAAAUUGACAAAAAGUUGGGUUUUUUUCAAAAGAAUUUCGGUUUAACUGGGAACGAAGUUAGAAGUCUGACUGUAAAAAAACCAAGACUAAUAACAUACAACCUCAACCACGUUAAACUCAACACUUUUGUGAUUAGAGAAGAGAUGGGUUUUACUCCCGACGAGACCAAGCAAAUUUUGCUUCAAAAGCCAAAAAUUUUCAUGAAAAACCAAAAGGGAAUGCUGAAAACGUUCGAAUAUUUACACAAGGAAAUGAACAUCCCGUUAGAAACCAUCGCCAAAAUGCCCCAAGUUCUAACUUGCCGCGAGUUCAGGCUACAACAGAGAUACCUGUUUUUGAAACAUUUGGGCAAAAUUCAAUUCGAUCCCAAACAACCGAAUUAUAUUUCGUUAAUUGCACUGGUGUCAGACUCAGACGCGCAUUUCGCUACUGAAGUCGCCGGAUCUUCAGUCAAUGCCUUUAACGAAUUUCUCAAAACUUUGUAAAUAAAUAAAAAACUCGUCUGUA